AUGACAAAUGCUGCUCAUUACAAACGAGAGCUGCGCAAGCUCAACAAGUUCCCGGCCCUUAUUGUCGAAUUUGACGACAGUGGCACGGGUGGUAACAAUGUCUAUGGCCAUACCGAAUCACUCUUGAACCAUCUCAAGAAAAGAUUUGCCAAUACCAGUAUGACAGUACCCAAUGUAUUCAAUCAUAAUUUCAUGCGCGGUGCUACUAUCCAAGCCGACCGUAACCAUGGCCAUUUGCACGAAAGAAUUGCCAUGAUAGCUUCGAAUUUUGCAGGCGUUUCCAAAGUAUAUCCAGUCCACACGAUUACGCCUCCUAGUAACAUUCUUCGUGGUAGAGCUCCGGAUGACGGAGCUACUGUCGAGAAUGCUGAAUUGUUGACACCUCAUAUGCAAACCCAAGUCGAUCGCGUCCAUCGAGAACUCAAUUACACAGGCAAAGGUGUAUAUAUUGGCAUUAUCGAUACUGGUUUUGAUUACAUGCAUCCAGCAUUGGGCGGAGGUAUAGGCGAAGGUUACAAAGUUCGGUUUGGGCGAGAUUUGGUCGGUGACGCAUACGAUGGCGGUUUGACCAACGAACCAGAGCCAGAUGAUGAUCCAAUGGAUUCGUGUACAUCAGCACAAACUUUCUUUGGCCAUGGAACUCAUGUUGCAGGAAUCAUUGCCGGAAAAGCUGACAAUUAUACGAGUGUUGCCCCAGAUGCUACUCUAGCCGUGUGGCGCAUCUACAGCUGUAAAGAUUUAACUACGAGUGAACUAGUUUUGCAAUCCGUAUUAGAAGCUGCUGAGGCUGGUGUCGACAUUAUCUCCAUAAGCUCAGGCGAGCAUACACCGUGGUCAGAAAAUGUAUUUUCCGCUGUCAUUGACCGGAUUGCUUCGAAUGGAACGAAAGUGGUAGUCUCAGCUGGAAAUGAUGGGCUAAGUGGUGUGCUUACCACUUAUUCUCCAAGCGUCUCCUCACAAGCGAUGAGUGUGGCUUCAUUCAACGGCAAUUACCAGCUCUCCAGACUUUUUAGAAUAAGUGGCAGCGAUGAAGAGUAUGUCUAUAUACCAAACAGAAUACCUGGCGUUCAAGGUAUCAUUUCAGAUGGCCAAAUCGUUCUUGGAGAUGCAAAUUUUGGUAAUGGUGCAGAUGCAUGCAAUCAAUCCACGAUUCCAGAUAACGUCAGAGGCAAAUUGGCUCUUAUUGCAAGAACGGGCGGAUGUGAGCCGCAAGACAAAGUCGGCAACUUGACAACUGCUGGUGCUAUGGGUGUCCUUUCCUUUGAAGAUGAAUACGAGUAUCAAGAAGAAAAAGCACCGAUUGUGCAGACCCCUCAAGUGCCUAUCGUAGGGAUCUCGACUCAAGCGGGCAAGAGGCUUGCCGAAGCCAUCACCAACUCCUCAGGAAAAGAAGAGGAGCCAUUUUCAAGCGUUGGACCUACCUAUGAGAACAUUCUCAAGCCUGACAUUGGUGGCUUUAUGUAUUCAACCGUUCCUCGCAGUAUGGGCAGCUGGCAAACGCUGUCCGGCACAUCCAUGGCGUGUCCAUAUAUUACUGGCGCUACAGCGCUUUAUCUCGAACAUUUGGGGGAUCGUGCUUCCGAGUAUUCAGGCAUGGCUAUCCUUGAGCGAUUCAUGAAUUACGCCUACAAAGCACCUGUAUCGAACUAUCAAGAUGAUAUAGAUACACCAUUACAUCAAGGCGCCGGCUUGAAUCAAUUAUACGAUUCAAUGACCCAAAAGGUCCACGUGUCUCCACCCAAGCUCAGUUUCAAUGAUACCGCACAUUUGAUCAAGACACACACGCUCACCGUCACCAACGAUGGCGAUGAGAUCGCCUCAUUUGAGGUGUCCAACAUCGUCAGUGUCUCUGUAGUCCCCUAUAACCUCUCAAGUCCCAACAACUACACGUUCACUGCACCAGUCCAAUACAGCAACGAUCCGUCUGCUACUGCACGAUUGCGUUUCUCCAGAAGAACAAUCAAACUUUCGCCUGGAGACAGCACGGAGGUUAUCGUCUCUGUCAUUCCACCAGACACCGAUCCAAAUGAGCACAUUAUGUACGGUGGCUAUGUCCAAUUCAAGAGCACGGUACCCAGCCAAAAAGAUAUCACGGUUCCAUAUUUCGUUGUCUUUGUGAUCCGACUUAUGGGCACGCGUCGUGCCCUGGCUAUCGUUUACGAUCAAGAUGGACAUUAUCUCCUUGGGUAUGUUCAACCGCCAGGCCAGCUCGAUCACUUGUCGCACACGAUUCCACGCUACAUUCUUCGAGCUGCUAUUCCAUGGACCGGUACAUACUAUGAAAUCGGCGGUGAUCAACAGGACCAAGAAGAAGAAGAAGAAGAACAAGAAGAGGUGGAAUCAUACCUUGAGGAAUCUGUAACUGUAAGUCGCGGCAGUACUUACCGUAUUGGUAUUCAAGUGCUAAAGAUAUUCGGUGAUCCCAACAACGAGGACGACUGGGAGCGAUGGAUGUCGGGUCCGAUCCAGAUCCGAUAG